GUUAAUAACAUUAGGCUGCUUUUGUUAUUAAUAGGGAGUGAAUUGUCUAUUUGUAUCUCACACACAAGAAUAAACGCAUUAUCUGAUAAUUAGAGAAAAAAAACACUGCAGUCCAACUGCAGUAAGUAAGGAGGAAUGAAUGUGAUAGGGGUGGGAUGAUGACAAGCAUGCAGCUCCAGGAACAAUCACAGUGAGUAACUUUGGCAGAGCCUCCCUCUGACUGAACAAACAUCUCUUUCUGUCAUGACACAAUCUCUGACCUAACAAUCUGCUUUCAAUGAGUAAGUUCCUGAUGGUCACCGAUAAUAUUUUGCAAACAGAGCCACAAAGGUUUCCUCGUAAAAUCGAGAGACCCUGUUAAAGAAGUUCAGACGUGCACCAAGAUGUCAAGUGCGGCAUCCUUCAGUGUGUGGGACUAUGUGGUCUUCAGCUUAAUGCUGGUGAUCUCAGCAGGCAUCGGGGUUUACUACGCCUUCGCUGGAAGAGGUCAGAGCAGCUCCGCAGACUUUCUGGUGGGUGGACGGAGUAUGACAGCGGUGCCUGUGGCUCUGUCCCUGACAGCCAGCUUCAUGUCAGCCAUCACCGUUCUGGGGACUCCGGUGGAGGUGUAUCAGUACGGAGCCAAUUUCAUCCUCAUCUGCUUUUCUUAUGUUCUGAUGGUGGCUGUGAGCUCUGAGAUUUUCCUGCCGAUCUUCUACAGACUGGGAAUAACCAGCACCUAUGAGUAUCUGGAGAUGCGUUACAAUAAAGUACUUAGACUAUUUGGGACAGUCCUGUUUAUCAUACAGACAGUCCUAUACACAGGUCUGGUUAUUUACGCCCCGGCUUUGGCUUUAAACCAAGUCACAGGUAUAGAUCUCUGGGGUGCCGUCAUUUCGACCGGAGUCGUCUGCACUCUCUACUGUACAUUAGGCGGUCUGAAGGCAGUGGUGUGGACGGAUGUAUUCCAGGUGGGCAUCAUGUUGGCUGGGCUCUUGGCUGUCAUCGUCCAGUCGGUGCUGCUGCAGGGCGGGAUCUCCACUAUCAUCAGUGACUCCACCCAGGGAGGCCGGCUCAACCUAUGGGAGUGA